GUGGAAAUGGCGGUUCUCUAUCGAGAAAAAAAAGUAACUCGAUCCUACUCGAGUAAGCGGAACCUUUAAAACAUGACUCGUUGCACUACGGAAGGAUUUACCGAUGCACACGACAGGAUCAUUUCUGCGGUGGUAAAUUCGAAGGAGUAAACAGGAUCCAUGGUCGUCUGUAUCUUGUUAUUAAUGGAGUGAACUAGCCUGGAAACUGCCGCUGAAACUACCGAAGAAGGCGCCCUUCGUGACUUCGCUGGGAAGAACAAUGGCGGACUGGAGUCCGAUCGCGAAGGUGUACGACCCGCUGAAAGCUGGCAGCAUCGACGGCACGGACGUGGAGCCCCACGACCGGGCCGUGUGGAGGGCGAUGGGCGCCCGCUAUAAACCCAACAAAGGCGUCGUUGGAGACCCGCAUCUCACCCUGUUCGUGUUUCGACUGAACCCCCUGACGACGGAAGAGAAGCUGCACCAAGUGUUCUCCAAGUACGGAGACGUCCAGAGGCUCCGGCUGGUCCGGGACAUCGUCACGGGCUUCUCCAAAGGGUACGCCUUCGUCGAGUACAAGGAGGAGCGCUCCGUGCUCCGGGCCCGCCGCGACGCCAACAAGCUGCUGGUCGACCAGCACGAAGUGGUCGUGGACUUCGAACAACAGAGGGCCCUUCAAGGCUGGCUCCCCCGGCGGCUCGGCGGCGGGCAGGGAGGGAAGAAAGAGUCCGGGCAGCUGCGGUUCGGCGGCAGGGACAGGCCGUUCCGGAAGCCCAUUAACCUCGGGCUGGGUCCGAUGCCGGACCGGGGCGGAGGCGGAGGGAGGGAGUGGGAUCGGCCAGGGACGAGGGACCGGGAGGACCGGGACCGACACAGAGAGGCAGACUGGGGCAGCAGAGGGAGGCGAGAUGACCGGGACCGGGACAGAGAGCGGGAGGACCGCAGACAGGGAGACCGGAGCAGGCAGCGGGACCGGAGGUGAUGGAUCACACUGCGGGACCGGAGGUGGUGGAUCACACUGCGGGACCGGAGGUGAUGGAUCACACUGCGGGACCGGAGGUGGUGGAUCACACUGCGGGACCGGAGGUGGUGGAUCACACUGCGGGACCGGAGGUGAUGGAUCACACUGCGGGACCGGAGGUGGUGGAUCACACUGCGGGACCGGAGGUGGUGGAUCACACUGCGGGACCGGAGGUGGUGGAUCACACUGCGGGACCGAUGCCAGACCCGCUUCCUGCCUCACAUGGAGCAAUGCAGUGCUGUGAAGGAGAGUGUGACUGUUGGGAGGGGGGUUUGCACACAGGGUGUGAACUAUAUGAACUAUUUAGCAUUUCAAUAACGAAUUACUUCCUUGUAUUGACAUUAGUUUCCUGGUUAUGCUGGUAGUAUUUCAAUAUUUCUCAGAAAUGCACUGUACAUUGUUUUCAAAGCAUAAUCUGCAAGAAAUUGUACACUUUCUUUAUUUGUAUUAUAAAUAUACAAAGUACCUGUAAAUAAAAUGGAAUAUGUUUCACAUUUUCAAUCAAGUACGACGGAUCAGUUUGACACAGUUAAUGUGUGUUAUAGUGUUGUAAUAUUUCUAAAGGUGUGCAGUUUAACAACACAAACUACAUAAAAGAUGUUUUUACAAUUAUUUGCAUACUUGAUAGAGAAAAUUCACGUUACACAUAAUAAUUACAUUUAUAAACCCAAACUGUUUUUAACACAAGGGUGUCACUUUAAAAAGAUAAAAACUAACAUUAUCCUCCACUCUUAAUAUGGGUUGCAUUUUUUUAAUCUAAUUGUAAUGCAAGAAAUAUAAAUGCAACCAAUAUAAAUGUCUCUAAUAUGAUUUUUUUUUAAUUGUUACCAAUAAAACAACUUAAAAGAGCUAUUUCUUGUUUGAUAA